CCCCACAAUGUUAAUGAGUGACCCAGAAGGCGAGGGAGGAGGAGGAAGAGAUUGGGAGGAAUAAGUAGCCUCCCUCGUGGCUCCCCGGACUCAGAAACAGCCCCUACCUUCAUCCCAGCAGGUUCCUCCGCCAAAGCAUCAUGAAGUUCUUCGUCCUCACACUGGCCUUGGCCAUCCUGAUGGGGACUUGGGCUUCUGUCCUUGGAGAUGAGCCGAAUUCCAAGCUGGAUAAGCUAAUGGAGCAGUUGAAAGAAGAUUGGGAAAACAUUACCAGAACAGUGCGAGAGAAACUGGGCUUGAUUGAAAAUUCGGAGGUGACCAAGGAACUUACUAACCUGAUUAAAUCUGGCUAUGAGAAUAUUGGGAUGCGCUUGUAUACCCUGCAUGAAGAGUUACCUGCUGAGGUUGUGCAGAGUCUGGAGAUGUUUUUCGAGGUGCCAUCAGUUGUUUCAGAAAAGGCUGUCAGAGAUCUAUUUGCCCCGCAAAGCUAUCGAGGGUGGUACCAAGAAGAGCUCGGUGAAGCAUUGCAUUCUGCCCUGGUGGGUUACGUCAAUCCAGUUCUAGAGAAGGUGGGUCCGUACGCAGCAACCCUACACAGUGCCGUCGUCAGCAGAACGCAGGAGAUCAUCCUUAAGAUGGAUGAGAAGAUACUGCAGGAAAUGGAAAUUCUGAAAACCCAGCUGGAGCCACACAUCAAGGAGUUUCAAGAAUCCCAAGCAUCCCUUCAGUCCUAUCUUGACCACGCCCAGGAGCUGUACAGAAAAGGAGCAGAGACAACCCACAAGCACUUACUGAAGCCGUACUUUGCUCCCAUUCUGAAGUUGUACCACAAAUACAAACAUGACAUUAGGGCGUGGGACCCUGUGUUUUACCCAAUGCCAUGAUUUUUCUCACAAGUCACAGAGAAUGGAAUCUUACCCAGCAUCUAAACAGAGAUCAGAAUAAAAUAGUUUACCGGUAUUUGGUGUGUG